AUGCGUCCAUUGUUGCUACCACUCCUCCUACUUGGAAUAGCUCACCGAUCCUUGAGCAAUAGGCCUAGUUCUCGACCUACCGCCACUUUAGCUAACUCUAAACCCCCUCGACCUUCUACGGUGAAUCGGACCACUCGCCGGGGUUGUAAUGGGGGCGAGCAUCUAGAUCGGGCCAAG